AUAUUAUUCAAGGUGUGUGCGACGGCUACGACAGAAUUCUGAAAUAAGUGCAAUGUGGUGUGGCGGCGACCGCAUACGCGAGUGCACUUUAGGGCGCGCGGUCAAUGAGAAUCGACGGCUCCUUGGCGCGAUCGAUGAUGCAAAAGCGAGAUGGAAAGGCGCGGAAACGUUCGAUGAAACGUUACGACGAGAAAGUUUCCUGACAAUUAUUCCGAAGUUGAAUAAACCUUUGCUUCACUUUGCUUCUACCGUGCAGUCAAGUCCAACUUUACCUUGGUAACAUCUACGCGCGAGAGUUUCACAACUUCAACACAAAGCGCAGCAUCCAUUUGAAAAUGUCAAAGUAAUGCCUCCCGAUACUCGAGCAUCUUUCAGUAGAUGUCCUCUCGCGAGCUAUGUCGCAUAAUUAUUUUCUCACGGGCGCAUGAUAAAUGCAGCUCGCCGAGGAAAAUUGUCGGGUGUCCAGCAAGCUGAGAGUCCGCCUCGAUGAUCUUCGAAGGCGUGACUGAGAACCGACUCCCGGAGAUACAGCGGACAACUAUGAGGGAGAGAGGUGUGUAUAGGUGUACUUCUGUGGCGCUUUCCCCUCGAGGGCGUGCGUUUGUUGACGUUUUGUCUGCGGCAAAUGCGAUGGAGAAACUCGAGGGUUGGCCGUCGCGCCGAGGGAAAAUAUGGAUGAGUGCUGCUACUGCUGUUGGGGUGUCGCCGUCACUGACGUCGCUAUGGGGGAAUCUGCCAAAGAGCUUGCGCGGCGACAAGCCUAUGGUUUAAACAUUAGCAUUAGGACCAUAGGGUGGUGCGGAAAAGCGGAGCUGUUAACUUUUUUUUUGGAAACUUUUCACUGCAGACGAUUGUAAAUGAAACAAUGCUGUUCUGCUUAAUAUUUAAAUGAAAAUUAAGACUAAUGAUGUUUUAUCGCGAUUUGAAAAAUUUUUCGUUGGCCUUUUUUAAGUGUUGAUUAUGUUAACGUUUACACAAUGCAUAUGUUGCAAUUAAAAAAAUCAUUAGUUUACUUCAUCACUUUACUUUAAAUAAUAUGUUAUUCGUUACUCACGAAUUAUACAGAUCACGCAAUUUUGCGUACUAUGGUUGCAUAAAGGACCGUGAUUUUUUUGUCUGUAGAACGUGCAUCUAACAAUUAGAAAUUUAAAAUGGUAGAUUCGCACUGCAGCCUUGUAGAUGUCAGCACAGUACAGCUCCAGCAACGAUACCGACAGUAGUUACGGACAGAUUUUGGAGUAAGAGAUGCCACAGUUGAUCGCGUGGAUCGCUUCACAUUGAUUCGACUUGUUGCCGGCAAUUGACGAUUGAUUCUCAAUAACUGGCAUUAUUAGAGUAGUUAAGUAAUUUGUUUGAAAAAACUGGAAUUGUUUAUACUUCUACUAUGUAAUUGUGUUUCAUAAAGUUAUUUAUUAGAUGUAGAGCAAUAUUUAAAAAGUUGUAAAGUAGAAGUCAAAGUAACUCAUAAUGUUUCCUAUUAGUUACUGUUGUCUAUCCGCUAUGUUAGCUAAUGCGUUCUACGGUUUUGGAGUUUUCUCAGCACUCAUGCUUGGCUUGAUUGCUUUAUGCUAUUCGCAUAAUUUUGUCAAAAAACAAUUGACAAAUAUUAGUAACAAAGAAGUUUUAAACAAAGGAAGGCUAUUCAAGAGGAAUGUUGUUAUAACAGGAGGUUCGAGUGGCAUCGGUAAGAGUUUCGCAAUUUUAGCAGCAAAGGAAGGAGCGAAUGUAACAAUAAUCGCUCGAAAUUGGGAAAAACUCGAGCGAGCGAAAGAGGAAAUAGUGAGCGCAUGUCGUAACAAAGACAGUCAAAAAGUGCAGUGUGUGUCUCUGGAUGUAGGCCAGAACUACAAUCAGAUCGAGGGUGUAUUUACAGAAAUGGAGGAACGUCACGGACCCAUUUACAUGCUCGUCAAUUGUGCCGGCACGGCUAUUUGUGGUAGAAUCGAGGAUACCAAUCCGGAAUCACUCAAGCUCAUGAUCGAUUUGAACCUAAUUGGUAGCUACUAUUGUUCAAAGGCUGUCGUGCCAAAAAUGAAGACUAGGAAGGAGGGAAAAAUCGUGUUGGUUUCGUCGCAAGCUGCACUAUUGGGUAUUUUUGGACUAUCUGGUUACUGUUGUACAAAGUUUGGAUUACGAGGCCUUGCAGAAAGUCUAUCAAUGGAAUUAACUCCUUACGGUAUUUCAGUUACCCUAUCGUUACCUCCAGACACUGACACUCCAGGAUUACAAGUUGAAGAACUCACUAAGCCUCUAGAAUGUAAACUAAUUUCUGCAAAUGCCGGACUAGAACAACCAGAAGUGGUUGCACAAAAAAUGUUAAAUGACACUAUGGAUAAUAAAUUCUUCUCGUUUGUUGGAAUGGAAAGCUUUAUUUUAACAACUUUGUGCACUGGAAUGUCGCCUUACGCUUCUCUCGGCGAAUUACUUCUCCAAGCUUUGUUGAUGGGUCCACUUCGCAUAAUCAGUGCCUUCUAUCUAUAUUCAUUUAAGAACAUUGUGAAAAAUUGCAUGAAAGAGAGAGAAAGUCAGAAAAAGUCAGAAUAAUAUUGUUAUUUAGUACUUAAAAAAUACAUUUGUAAUUAUUUUAUACAACCUUUUUAUUAUCCGAUUUUGCUACGUGAUUUCAUACAUAGUAGGCUGUAUCAGAUAUGAUAUCUAUUUCGUUAUAAAUAAUCUACCAUUUUUAUUAUAUAAGAUAUGUAUAACUAUUUUACGUUUACGUCCAGUAUUGCUGAUUGUGUAGUAUUGAUAUUCGGAGAUAAUAGUUAAAAUAGUUAAUCAUCUGAUGACAAGUUACUGUAGGAAAGUAG